AUGGCCGGGGAAACCACAGACAGUUCAAUGGGGGUGCCUGGGAAGAACACUUGCUCAGGCAAACCGGUGGGGAUGGGACAGGCGACGCAGGAAGACUUCCUCAAGUACACGGUGACGGUGUCUACGGGCAUGUAUGAGCAUCGUAUGCCCACAUGUGUGGGUAUCAUCAAAGGCGUACUGCGUACCCUAACACCCGGAGCUGAGGCCAUGUCUGCGGGUAGUAACAUUGUCAUUAAACUGAAGCGAAGGUGCACUGAGCCCAGGACGUUUGCGAGCCAAUUCUCCAUCUCAGGCGCAGAUAUC